AUGGCGACAGAGAAGACAUCAAGAGACGCGUGCGCACCAAACAAGCCUGUGAACCCUGUCGGCGCCGACGGAGAAAAUGCAAUGGUCGCUUUCCAUCAGAUGGCAGAGCCAGAAAUGGACGACGGCAAGGAAAGAGAGUCCAACCAUCCUAACGGUCACAAAGACAAUCUACCACAGUCAAAACCUCCGUUCACUUCGGAACUUCACAAUCAUGACAUGAGCCCUGUCGCGCAAGAGAGUCCCGACAGACGAGAGAACCGAACGAGCAGAUUUCGGCCUACUAUCGACACGGUCAAAGGCCGAUUCUCGAAUGCACACAGUGGGAUCGUGAUGCCUCGAAGAUUAGGUCAGACCAUGAAUCUGGCCACGCAUAUUCGAUUUCAUUCCUAUGGCUGGAACCUCAACACCCGCUUGGAACCUACAGCGUUCGUCGCGCCGGCGGUAUGUCGGUUACUGACCUUUCAAGACCUGUCCUUCUACAGCCGCAUCUUCUUCCAGGUAGUUGAUCCAGUGUACCACUUUCUCGACCAACAAAGGUUCGUCGAGCAGUGCGCACAAUAUUGGACGAGCGAGAACGAGACACCCACAGAUCUCGGAGCGGUGGUCUGUGGCGUCGUGGCACUCGGGUCAUUUUUCGCCGAGAGCCCGGCAGCCGUCGAGAGUUCACUGAUCGAACAUGCAAAACAAAUCCUCGACAUAGGAUGUGCCUAUGCACCGGGCCGAGUGUCACUGACCCAGAUAGCGGGAUGGAUCCUGCGCACGCUAUACCUCAGGCUGACCACCCGGCCACACCUGUCGUGGUUCUCGUCCUGUUCGACGAUGCACAUUGCAGAAGCCAUGGGUCUACACGUCAACCUCCAGGACGCUGAUCUCAUCAACAAGGAAUCCGGAAAUGCCGCUUCGGAAGUCACCACGUCGCGCGCCGAUCUGCUCGGGUGUGCCGUGUUUCUCAACAUGCUCAUCUCAGCGGAAUAUGGCCGGUCGCGGGUGAUUCUGCAGGAUGCGACGGCAGAGCCCACGUCGCCUUCGAGAUCGAAGUUGAUGGACUUGUGUGACAUCAUGGCCCGCCUCGAGUCGACACUGACACAAGAAGCGAGAACAAAGAUUGUUACGCGUCUCGCCGGUCUACCUCUCGAACCACCGAUAUUCGGCCUCCUCAAGACCGACGUGACCAUACACCUGUUUCGCCGACACCUGCACUCAUACCAGGAGAAGCUCAACUACGACGAAGCUGCACUCUUGCUGUCGAUCAUCAAGGCUGGUUUGUCGGCGGCUCGGGUCCUGAUCCCCCAGCGACAAGCCUGGUGGAACGUUCUGUCCACGCCAUUCCAGUCACUCAUGACUCUUCUGGCCAUCGACACCGACGAGAGUUUGUCCAUGAUUGAAGACACCAUCUCUGUCCUCAGCCUCGUCUACAACACCUUUCCCGCACACCUGGCCGGUGAAGUUCUCCAGACUGCGCAGCUGUUGAUACGAGGGCUGGAGAAGCGAAAGAUCAAACAAGCUCGGAUGCUGAGCAAAGCCUGCAGCGACACCCAGUCGACCUUUGACACCCCGUCAUGUUCCAAUUCUUCCUCGGGUCCUGCCCAGGCCGUCGAUCAGGCCGAGGCGGUAUUCGACAAUUGGUUGACCGGGGACGUAAGCUGGAACUGGCUUGCGACAGACUCCAACGUGCUGCAGAGUGGGAACGUGGGUGCUAACGCCGAUAUGUUCGGCGUUGGUUGA